AUGUCCGAGGAGAAACUCAUUGGCCAUAACUACGGCGUCAAAUCCAUAACCAAGAGGAAGCUAAUCAUCGAAGGCGACAAAAAAGCUGUCAACACUGAGAUCGAGAUAUUGAAAGAUCUUUCGGGAGUCUCCAACAUCGUCUUUGAUCGCUCGGUGAAUGAAACAAGUGGAACAGAUGAAAUCAUGAUCCUUAACAUUCUUAAACAAGCAACAUCUAAGAGAAAACACCAAGAUUUAUCCUUCUGUUGCUCAGACCACACACCAAGAUCUAAGGUCAGGUAA